GCCCGGGCCGACUCGCGGCUCACUUCGUGACGCGCGCGGUCGAGCGCUCCGAAACUGCCGCGACUGCCGCACUCCGGCAGCGCUUCCGCAGAGCGAAGUGCCGCACCGACCUAUACGCCGCAACGAGACGGUACCGUGCGGCGGGAAGACGGAAAGAGGAAGCGAGAGAAGAGGAAGGAGGGCGCAAGGGAGAGAGAAAGAGACAACGCGCGAGGGUGGUGUGGUCACACUGGCGCGUCCGCCGUCGACCGACACGUCCACGAGGGAGAUGUGAUGCGGCUCACACGAUGGUGGACAACGAGUUCCCGGCCGCCGAGAAGAUCCUCCGUGACAUCGAGAACACCGUCAGGAGGAAUCCCACUAUAAGGAGUUUCGUGAUCCUGCCGAUGGAGGACAGCGAGAACCGAUCGCCGGUCUUUCAUCAGGAGGACAGCUUGGGAGUGGCAUCUUGGUGCGUCCAGCCGCUCUACAUUUACACGUACCGUCGGCUGCUGGAGUAUCGGCGGACGCGUCAUCAACGGCGCGAGGAACCCAGCACCGUGGCGAGAUGGCUGCUGGGUGCCCUGCUGUUUAAUCCGAACGUGACCAUGUUCUGGAAUAUGCGGCGGGAGUUGGUACGCGCCGGCAGGUUGGACGCACGCGACGAGCUAUCCUUCACACGGCCGGUGCUCUAUCACACGCCAAAGUGCUUCGAGGCCUUCGCGUAUCGAAGCUGGCUGAUGCCGCUCGUCCUGGACGCCGAGCAGACCGACGUCGCCGCACUCGCCAACAGCGAGCUCGAGCUCGUGCAGACCUGCGCGGAUCGCUACGCGAACAACUAUCACGCGUGGAGUUACCGGCGGCACCUGGUGACCCUGUUCGAGUCCCGCGGCUUAUCCCUCAGUUACGACAGCGAAUGGAUGAGAACGGCCGUAUGGUGCCGGCAGCACGUGUCCGAUCACAGCGCGCACUCCUACCUGCAGUUCCUGCUGCGAAAGUACAUGCUGGCGGUGGUGUCUCUGGGCAGAGAGGCGCGCGAGGAUCCCGGUUAUCACAGGAUCGGGUUAACGCUGUUCUUCUAUAUGGACCGUUACCAUCCCGCCGGCGAAACCGAACGGACGUUGCUGGAACGUAUUCGCGAGGUCGCAUGUCUGGAGCGCGAUCACGGUUACUCGUCCACCGAUAUACGCAAACUCAGGUGUUACCUAACGGCGUUGUCAUACUGGACGGAGGAGUGCUGGAAUAAUGAGAAAUAUAUUCUCACGUACGACAAUCACGAGACGUUGUGGUGCCACCGUAGAUUCCUGGCGCACUUGAUCGCUGUUCUCACUGUCGCGUACGCGAAGCACGCCUGUUAUCGCGAGGACGAUUUUUGGGACGCUCGAUGUCACGAGGAGCUGUCACUCGCGCCGCUCCUCCGCGACAGACGUUUCACCACCGACGACGACCUGUUAAUGGUCGCUCAUGUGAUGCUUCUCAAGUCAUUUUGCUUUGUUAAUAUCGAUAUCAUCGAAAUGGCGAUGAAUCGCCCGAAGGAAAAGGUGUUUAUCGACAGAUUUUGCAAAUAUCUUGAAAGAAUAGGCUUGCGAUGAUCGAAAUUAGCGCGCGAGAUUUUGAGUUUGACGAAAGCGUGACAAGCUGCGAUAAAAAGCUGAAUGUAAGAUUUUACUUAUCAGGGUGCAUAAACGCGGAAGUAAUAAAUGUGAGGAUUGCGCAUUAAUACUCGCGCAAUAAUUUUAUUGUAAUAUAAUUUCUCUUUCUCUCUCUUUUUUAUAAUUUUGUAUUGUCCAAGUUGCGUCAAAAUGCUCGAUGUGAUUCUAUGAUAUGUGAUUCUACGAUGCAUGAAGGGAUAACUAUUUUGUUAAUCUUCUUUUUUUAAAGUUUUUGAUAUUCUUGAAAUAUAUUUUUAAGCCGUUUGAUUGUG